AAUCCCAGAUGAUGGUGGGGAGGGGCUGGCAGGAGGAGGCAGCCAUGUGGUUACUGCUCAGUAUGAUUUUUUUUUUCCUCCUUCAUUCCUUUUUCUUUCCAAACAGGGAAAAGUGUUUCCAUGCGGCUGGAGAGCUUCUCUUGUCACAAUUUCUGCUCUGGGGAAGAGCAUAAUCCCUGAUCUCUCUCCUCCCACUCCCACCCUAAAGGAGUAGGGUGCGCUCCAGGCCCCUCCCCAGGGGCUGUGGAGUCAGAAGGCACAGGCAGAAGAAAAGUAGGCGAGGGGGAAGAGGAGGGAAGUUGGGUUCCUUUGCUGGCACAUGGAUGCAAUUAUACGGAGCGUUUGCCAGAGACGUUGCUUUCCAUUCCAUGCAGGUCUUCUCUGUCUGUCUGACGAGCCUGGGACUAGGGAAGCAACAGAGGGGGAAAGUGUCCGAGUCCUGGAAACGGAAUGUCUUUCCUGUCCAUCCUCGUUCUAGUUUCCUGUUAUUUUGGAACAUGGGGGACUCAUAUGGAAAUCAAAAAAGUAGCUGAGGAGAAGGUCACUUUGCCUUGCCAUCAUCAGCUGGGGCUCCCAGAAAGAGACACCUUGGAUAUCGAGUGGCUGCUAACAGAACCUGAUGGGAAUCAAAAAGUGGUGAUCACCUACUCCAGCCGUCAGGUCUAUAACAAUUUGACGGAGGAGCAGAAGGGGCGUGUAGCCUUUGCUUCCAACUUCCUGGCAGGAGAUGCCUCCCUGCAGAUUGAGCCCCUAAAGCCUAGUGAUGAGGGCCAGUACACCUGCAAAGUGAAGAAUUCAGGGCGCUACCAGUGGAACCGUGUCAACUUGAAAGUGCUAGUGAAACCAUCUAAACCCAAAUGUGAGCUCGAGGGCGUGCUGACGGAGGGAGGGGAUCUGACCUUGCAGUGUGAGUCAUCUUCAGGCACAAAGCCCAUCGUGUACCACUGGCAGCGCAUCAAGGAGAAGGAAGGGGAGGACGAGCACCUGCCCCCCAAAUCACGGAUCGAUUAUGAAAAUCCUGGGCGUGUUUUGCUGCAGAAUCUCACUUUAUCUGCUUCUGGACUAUAUCAAUGCACAGCAGGCAAUGAGGCUGGGAAGGAAAGCUGUGUGGUUCGAGUGACAGUGCAGUAUGUACAAAGCAUUGGCAUGGUUGCGGGUGCAGUGACAGGUAUAGUGGCUGGAGCCCUGCUGAUUUUCCUCUUGAUAUGGUUGCUCAUCCGAAGGAAAGACAAGAAUAGAUAUGAAGAAGAAGAGAGACCCAAUGAAAUCAGGGAAGACGCGGAGGCCCCCAAAGCUCGCCUGGUGAAGCCCGGCUCCUCCUCCUCCGGCUCCCGGAGUUCUCGCUCGGGCUCCUCCUCCACCCGUUCCACAGCCAAUAGUGCCUCCCGAAGCCAGAGGACGCUGUCCAGUGAGGCUGCCGCGCAGCCGGGGGCAGCCUCCCACCCCUACAGCCUGGUGGGCUCCGAAGCGAGAGGCCCGGAGCCAAAGAAAGCCCACCACGCCACUCUGUCCAAAGCGGGGGCCAUCCCCAGCACGGUCCCCAACCAGAACCGAGCCUUCCAAACUGUCUGAGCGGAGGCGGACCCUCCUCCCAAUCCCCCUGUGGCGGUCAGAGUCUCGUACCCCCAUUCCGGUACCGGGAACUCGGGCACCAGCGCCCAAGCCCUCAGGGUAGUGGAGAGGUGGUGGCGAUGACCUCAAGCAUUGCCAAGGGCCGCGCUACGAGUGCUUUGUUUUACCUGGACACCAAAUAAGGAUGAGAUGUGAACUGAGGCCUCCACAAAGAGGCGUUCCGUCGUGCUUUAAGACUGGAACGGGCAGGAGCAGCUCGUUUCUACUUAUCUCGUAGCCAGGAACCUGGGGAGGGAUGAGCAUGCUAGAGCCUAUUUGGCAUCACUACUCUGAUUUACGAUUUCCAAUAAGAAAUAGGGUUUUGCUCAUAAUUUCCUAUGCACCUGUACAGACACCUGUUGAGUUACUAGAUUUAUGCAAAUAUCCAAGCAGGAUCCACCGAGAUACGGGUUAUUCAGAUAGCCUUAGAGUUUACUCACCUGCCCAGUCUAGUUGGUUCACUAAUUCUGAGAGCACUGAAACACAGAACCCUGACUCUCAUCCUGCUUUUACUUCACUUGUGGGGAGGCUUGGCCCCCAGUUUUAAAGGGGAAUAGAAGAGGUCCAAGAAAAACAUGAAGCAAAGGAGUCUUCUAUAUUUCAUAUGCUUGGAAUCUUCCUACUUAAUGGCAAAAUUCUGUAAACAAAUAAACUAAAAACUUCUCCAGGGACGAGCUAAAGAUAUAGAGUUUUGUUAAGGGGAUUUCUGAGAAAUAUCAAGAAUAUAAUUAUAAGGCCAUCUUAGCUUUUCUUUCUUUCCUGUCUACCAGGAUUUUUGCUUUGGGAGUCUAUAUAGGAAGAAAAUGUUCAUUAUGUGUUUUGAAAAAGUUCUAAGAAAGUGGUCUUCAAGAGAGGAGAAAUUCUUAGUGGAUAACUCACAUUUAUAGUGCUAUUUACAGUUUGGAACAUACUAACUCUGACUCUCCCAAUCCAAUGAAUAGUGCAAUUAUUCUUAUCCCAGUAUUUCAGAUAAAUAAACUAAGAUUCAAAGGGACCUGAUGAAUUAACUUAUAGCCACCCACUACCUGGACCCAAUUCCUUCAGCUUUUUGUUCAGUGCCCACUUCACAUGCUGCCUCUUCACACCAUGCUGCCUCUGAAUGUUAUGGACUUCCCCUGAAAAUAUUAUUUCUUUUCUCUUUCUGAGACCACAAGUAACCCACAUUUCAAUACUGAAUGAAUAGAAAGAGGGUUGUCUUUUUGACAUUUGUUUCUAAGGAGUGCUAAAAAGACUCUAAGGAGUUCUGCCUCCACUUGAGGAAUUCUGCCUCUUAUUCCAUAAUAGGUAUGGCUCUAGUAAUCUUGGGGAUUCUUAGGAUUUGAAAGAUAUUGCAAACCAGGGCUUGAUAUGAUUUCUGAUGGCAAAUAUUAAUUAUUCCCUUUUCUUGGGAGAGUGAAAAGGAAAGAGGAGAAGUAAACUUUUAUUAAGCUCUGGGUAGGCUAAGCAUUGGGAGAUACAAAUACAAACAAUAAGGACAAUUUCUGUCCAUAGAGAGCUUGUGUUCUAAGGAGGACACAGACUACAAUUUAAAAGGGAGGAGGAAGUGCCAAAAUGUAUCUGGCCACUGAAGGGAAACAGCCAGGAAGGUGGAGCAGAUGGUGGUAAGAUAGGUUUGGCCAAUAAGAGAAUUCCUUUCCAAGUCUUAGACCAUUAGCAGAGAUUUCUGUGCUUCUCCACUUCCCUUGCUAGAGGUAAUACAAAACCAAAGUUGGGAAAUGAUUUUGUGGUGGGAGGGCUAGCGGGCCAAGUCCUGGUCAGGCUUGAUUUUCUGUCACUUAGCUCACAGGUUAAAUCUUUGGCAGCUAACUGUUUAUCAGUUGGCAUCUUAAUGGGGGAGGGGAAGAAUCCAAUGGGAAUAGAGAAUAAAAGUUGGGGGUGAGGAUGGGGUAGGAGCCUGCCAAAUCAAAUUUCUUUAUUAUUUUAUAGUUUUAUCUAUGUUGUUUCAAAAAUCAUCUCUUCUACUUAUGGCAUGAUGACUCUUCCUUUAAACAGAUCCAAUUUCCUUUUCCAGAGCUGGUGACACUAUACACCCCACCCUCCUCCUGCCCUGUCCCAACACACAUAUACAGUCCACUCAAAUUUCACUGUCUACUGAGGUGUCCUUGGGAAUAAAUGCAGUAGAACACAAGGGCAGAGUCUUACGAGAGAAAAGGUAAAGCUAAAGAUGGAAUAUGUCUUCUCAAAUGAAAGUCAGGAAAUUGUAAGUAUUCUACUGGAGACAAUAGUUUAAUUGGCAAGUAUUUAGCAAGGUUACUUAUUCCAUCAAGCUGUUAACUAUUCCACAGUUAAACUCAUGGUUCGUCACACAAUAUUAUAUUCAUUUAUAAUACCCUUAUUGGUUCUAUACAAAACUAAGCAAAAAAAAAAAAAAAAAAGAUGGAGAGGUUGGGGCAAGGUAUUAUUCUAUGGAAUCUGCUUUGGAACCUGUGAGCAAUAUCUUCAACUGAAUUAAGAUUACAUUGGAAUUCAUAGCCUUUCCAAAUUUCUAUGGAGGUCUCACUUAUAUUUUCAAUAAUUUGCUAUUUUGAAUUUUGAUUAGUGUCCCAGAUUUCCAAAAUAUCUCAGCGUCCUGCCUAAACCUUCAUCAAUAGAAGUUUGUCCUCUUUGGAUGAAGAGAAACAAAGUUGGCUCUUUUGAAGAGGCUAGUUAUAAGAAGACUAAAACUACUGUCUAAUGUUCAAUUGUUUUGGAACUCUUUUCAUCGUGGAAAUGUACAACAGAUUCAUAGUACAGAUUGUUACCCUGGAGAUAAAAAUUAGGAAGGAAGCUGCUGGGAUAUUUAUUUAGAGAACCUUUUCCUGGUAACUCUGGAGGUCUGAAAAUAAAGGCAGAACUGUUGCUAUUCCAACCUGUAUUCAAUUAAUCACUUAUUCUUUAAUAAGGGACUAAAAAAGGGACCAAAAAAACCUCAAAAGUUGGAAGAAACUUUGUGCAUGAAAAAAAUUUGGUUUGCAAAAAGAGGAUGCAAAUGGAAUGUUGAUGUUUAGAAAGGAACCAUUUUAAUAAAAAUAUGUAAACCAAACAAUUUUACAUAUUAUUGUAUUUAAGACAAUGUUACACUGUAUAUAAACUUUUGAAGUAGA